AUGGCACUUCCUACGGUCCAGGUAUCGGUUUACAUUACCAAUCAAGUGACCAGAAAAAUAUUGAUUGUGCAUUGUCGAUCCAAAGACGAUGAUCUCGGAGCCCAUGCGGUAGCCGUUGGGUCUAGCAUCCACUGGAGCUUCGGGCCGAACAUCUUUGGCGCCAGGACAGUUUUUUGGUGCAAACUCGCGGUUCAGGAUAAGCGUAUUUCUUUCGUGGCGUACGAGCAAGAACGCGUAACAUACGGAGACUGGGUUGUUCGUGACGACGGAGUUUAUGCGAGGCCCUAUGGUCAUCCGAUGUUUCUGCAUGCUCCAUGGACGCAACCAUAA